AUGGACGACAACUAUCAAAGAUUCUCCCAAGUUGUCCAUAUUGACCUUUCGUCUUUCGUCCCUUUCAAAUUUCCUAGAUCUCGGGUCCUCAAAUGUCCCGUCGAAUUAGCAAUCUCCAGCAGCAAAAAAAACUUCCUAUCUAACUAUGAAGCAGCCUCGGAUCUCAGGCGUCGCUACAGCAACUUUUCCGCUACUAUCAAUACAAAAUGCCAUAGUGGACAGUAUUCCGUAGUGAUGUGGAGAAAGCCUGAGGCACUUGCCAAUUAUUUCUCAAAUGUCUUCUCAUCGGAGUAUUCUGAUAGCUGGCAUUCGACUAACUCCCCUAUGUCAGUGAAUGUUACACUAUACUGUUUAUGCUUAUCAAAAAAACUCCACCCAUCCACGACUGAGCCUUACGAUGGAAUUCCUCAACUAGUGUACAAGAAAUGCCAUGCCUUCCUUUCUAAGCCCUUGACUAUUAUGUUUAACCUUUCCUUCCUUACGGGUGAUCUUCCUAAACUGUGGAAGCAUGCUAUUGUGACUGCAAUUCAAAAGUCGCCCAAUUCAAACUUGCUGAGCAAUUUUCCGACCGAU